AUGGCAGGGUUCAGUCUUUCUGAGAACCUCACGAGGUUUCAAACAAGUGAUAAAAAGUCUUAUCCACUGGUGGAGAAUGCUAUAAGGGAACUUAACAUUGUUACAGAUCGUCUUGCGGUAUCCCCUGAGGAAAUCGAUGCAGACGAGGAGACGUUAGAGACUUUGAUCGAUCUUGCGCAGGGAUUUCCGCAAUUGUCUGUCAAACUGCAGGUACAGCUCACUUAUCUGGUUAGCUCUUCCGUGAGUAAUCUUUCGAAUGAAAUAUGUUCUCAACUCGCCAACAGUGCUUACAAUGACGACAUAAUAAAUCUAAUACCACUGUGGAAGGCACAUCUAGAGGAAUAUGGUUACCUAGUGCAUGUCUUAUUGACUUUCCUUCAGGAUAACGUUGCCACUGCAGCCUCACAAUCAACAUCGACUGGCCGUCGUCAAGUUGCGGACACAACUUUGGAACUGUUCAAAAGAAGUUGUAAUCAGAUUGAGCAACUUUUAGAAGGUAUAUUGCGAAUAUUUGAGAUCAAUCUGGCUCGUGUGUUCCAAACCACACCAGAACGGGAUCUAUUCGUCGGCCUCUUUACGAGACCUAUAUUCAUACUCAUAGAAACAGAGCAGGUGCUCAAAGUUCCCUCGAUCAAGCUAUUUAUUAUGAGGAUAAUAGCUAUGUCGGUCAAAAAUCACGGCCAGAGCUCAAGCACGCAAAAUGCAAUCUUAACGACUCUAACAUAUUUUAUGCAUUUAACAAACUUUAAUGCAGAAUUACUAAAAGUGGUGAAUGAUGAUUUUGAUUUUCCACAGUUAACUGAAGAUGUACUACGCGAUAUUAGUAAUAAAGAGUUCAAUGCAAAGGAUGCCACUGGACCAAAGGCCAUAUCUAAUUUUCUGAUAAAACUCUCAGAAUUGCUUCCGCGCAUCGUCCUUAGACAAAUGACCCUUCUUGUUAAGCUUUUGAACAAUAGCUCUUUCACUCUAAGAUGUGCUGUGGUGGAAGCCUGUGGUAACAUAGUAAUCGAAAUCUCAUCAAAGAGAGAAGAACUCAUGCAUUACAAACAACAAGUUGAAGUUCUACUCGAACUUCUAGAAGAAAGAUUCGCAGAUUCUAAUCCUUACGUAAGGACAAAAGCUAUCCAAAGCUGCCUCAAAAUUUGCGAUCUUGAAAUCAAAUUCAACAAGAAUAGGUCCAAUUUACUCAAACUGGCUGUGCGAUCUCUUGAGGAUAGAUCCUCAUUGGUCAGAAGGAAUGCAGUGAAACUCCUUUCCAAAUUACUUCUCACCCAUCAGUUUAGUGCCCUGCAUGGUACACAGUUAAAUUUAUCGCAGUGGAACGCUCGUCUAGAAAGUGCCACGCAACAAUUGCAGCAAACUCUUGAUUCUUCUGAAGGUGAAGCUAGGGACUCGCUGGAUAAUUUAAUUGAGAAAAGCAUGAUAGAAGAAGAUCAUAAUUCUUCGGAUAAUGAGUGUGGCGAAGGGCAAAUGUCGCGAAUUGAACAGGAGUCAGAGAACACUAAUAGUACCAACUCCGGUGCAGUCUUUAAGAUGAAACUAACAAUUCAAUACUACAAAGAUGCGAUCGAAUUUAUACAAACACUACACGAGGGGAUACACCAAUCGUGCCAGCUUCUGUUCUCUAGAAAUAAAAAUGAAGUGCUUGAAGUGAUGGACUUUUUUGUGCUGGCAGAUGCUUAUGACAUAGAGUGUAGCACUCUCGGUAUCAAAAAAAUGUUGCAUCUGGUAUGGAUGAAAGGAACGAAUGAUGAAGGAACUAGCAUUGUCUCUCACCUAGUUUCUAGUUACGAUCAGUUAUUCUUGACUGCACCUGAGGGAUCGAAUUUCAGAGAGCGUGCCGCUUACAUUGCAAAAAACCUUAUUGGGCUAACUAAAGGUGCCUCUGUGGCAGAUUUAGCCUCUUUAGAAAAGUUGUUAGGUUUACUUUAUGGAGCAAAUCUCAUUGACCAAGAUGCUAUAAAUGUUUUGUGGGCUAUUUACAAUAGCGCCAGUGAGCAAGAGCCAGCAUUCGAUACUGAAAGCAUCCACGGGUCUAUCAUAGUUCUGGGUAUGCUUUCACUAGCCAACUGUGAAAUCGCAUUAAAGGGCUUGGAUUCACUACUUAGAGUUGGAUUGGGUGAACCCGGAAGAAAAGAUUUAGUCCUCUCCAAAUUUUCUUGCAUUGCACUACAGCGCGUUAAUUCUCAAACCGAUCUCACGCAAUCGACUCCCAUUUCAAGAAGUGAAGAAGCUUCUACCAAACUAGCUGCCAAAAUUAUUGAGUACAUUGAAAACCCAGAUUAUUUCCCUGCUUGUGAAGAAGCGAUAAAUGCAUUAUUUAAUAUUUCGCCCACACCGGAUCAACUAUGCACUGAACUAAUUCGAGAAAAAACCAUGAUGACCUUUGGUAAUAAAGAAGGAGAAGAUAGUAUGACUAGUUCUUUUUCGCGUGUAGUGUCUUUGACUCAACUACUUUUUAUUGUUGGACAAGUAGCUAUCAAAACUACUGUACAUCUAGAAAGAUAUGAAGCCGAGUUUAAAAGAAGAAAAAUCGAAGCAGAAACGAAAAAAGGCACUAGCGGUAACAGUGAAACGACUGAGUCAGGUCAGCAACAAGAGCUUGAAAUGAUUGGAGGCACUAACGAAGAUGAUUUUACCGAUGCUGUAGCUUUCAUUAAGGAAAAUGAAUUACUAUUUGGUGAUAAUUCACUUCUUGCCAAGUUUGGACCUUUGGUUGAAGAGAUUGUAGCAAAUAGUACCAAGUUUAGUGAUCCAAUGCUUCAAAGAACAGCCGCACUUUGUCUAGAAAAGUUUAUGUGUGUUUCUUCAAAGUAUUGUGAGAAAAAUCUGUCGCUACUCAUAACUGUCAUGGAAAAAUCACAAGACCCUAUAGUCCGCUCUAAUGCUGUCCUAGGGUUGGGAGAUAUGGCCGUCUGCUUCAAUAGUUUGGUAGAUGAAAAUACUGAAUUUCUCUAUCGACGUCUACAUGACGAUAAUUUAAUGGUUCAAAGAACUUGUCUCAUGACUGUGACUUUCUUAAUUCUUGCAGGUCAAGUCAAGGUCAAAGGACAACUUGGGCAAAUGGCAAAGUGCUUGGAAAACUCGGAUCAAAGUAUCAGUGAUAUGUGUAAGUUGUUUUUCACAGAACUCGCAACCAAAGACAACGCUAUUUACAAUGGUUUCAUCGAUAUAUUCAGUGGCUUGUCAAACGAUGAAGAUUUGGAACGCACUUCAUUUAAAAAAAUCAUCAAAUUUUUACUAUCAUUCAUUGACAAAGAGCGCCAUCAAAAGCAGCUGAGUGAGAAGCUGUUCGUUCGAUUACAAAAAUCCGACACUCAAAAGCAAUGGGAUGAUGUUGCUUUUGUAUUAAACAGCUUGCCAUUCAAAAGUGAAAAAGUCUCCGUGGUUCUUAAUGAAGGAUUCAAAAUGGUAUCUGCCAGAGAUUGA